AUGCCAUUUUGUCUUUACAGUCCGACUUUCCGUCACUCAGCCCUCUACCGCUGGACCUGUCUAUUUCAACUGAACUGCUUAUCAUUUCACCUGCGUUUUAUUCUGAUUAUGAUGCUGGACAAUAACUUUUUGAUGAAGGACUCUGGACUGAAGCCCCGUUUACAGAAACGAGAAACGAAGCACAGGAUAUUCGUCAACCGUAGUUUGCAGUUGGAUACUAUCCGUUUCUUUGGUUUCGAUAUGGAUUAUACGCUUGCUCAGUACAAAUCUCCCGCAUACGAAGAACUUGCUUUCGAUAUACUCAAACACCGAUUGGUCCAUAUCGGCUACCCUGAAGAGAUUCUUUCGUUCCAGUACGAGCCUGCGUUUCCUGUGCGUGGUCUAUGGUUCGAUCGGAUGUAUGGCACUUUUCUCAAGAUCGACCAAUUUGGCAACGUGCUCCGUUGUUUGAGAGGAUUCAAGCUCGUUCAGGGCGAACAAUUGCGGGCGAUGUACCCCAAUAAAUUUAUAAAAUAUGACGAAAAACGCAUAGAAAUUAUGAACACGUUGUUCAGUUUACCAGAAAUUCACAUGCUAUCGUGCAUCAUUCACUUCCUCACCACGGAUCCAUCGCACGUGCUUCAGGAAAAAGGAGUGAUGAAGGGAAAUUUGUACAUGUCUUACACUUCCAUUUAUGAGGAUGUUAGGGCAGCAAGAGACUGGAUGCAUCAGGGUGAGCUGAAACGGCGUACUUUGGCUGAUUUGCAUCGUUAUCUGGAUCAGGACAAUCGUCUAUGCACUCUGCUUGAUCGUUUGCGGAGCAAUGGAGCCAAGGUGUUUAUACUUACCAACAGCGGAUUCGAUUACACUAACGGCAUCAUGACCCAUAUUCUGGAGAUUCCAAGACCGGACGGCACCAUCCGAAAGUGGACCUCCUACUUUGAUUACAUCGUGAUAGAUGCAAAAAAGCCAGAUUUCUUCCAAGAAGGAACUAUCCUUCGUGUGGUUGCCCAAGUUACCGGACAGCGCAGCAUCGGACAUCAUAUGGGUGCACUGCAGACAGGCCAGAUUUAUUCUGGGGGGUCUUGUGAAGUGUUCUCUAACCUGAUCGGAGCCAGAGGAAAGGAUGUUUUAUACGUUGGCGAUCACAUUUUUGGUGAUAUUUUGAAGUCAAAGAAGACUGUUGGGUGGCGAACUUACCUUGUCAUCCCAGAGUUGGCCAACGAGAUAUAUGUGUGGAAAAAGAAGAAAGCACUGUUUGACCGUCUUCAGGAAUUGGAUAACUGCCUCGAAAACAGUUACAGGGAUAUGAACAUCUCUUCAGUUGCUAAGCCUGAUGUCGGGGAUAUACAACGGGAAAUUCGUGAAGUCGCACAUCGGAUGGAAGAUUCUUACGGUUUACUAGGGAGCAUCUUCCGAAACGGAUCUCGGCACACCUUCUUCUCCUCCCAAGUAUUACGUUUUGCGGACAUCUACUCCUUCUGCUGUAUCAAUUUGAUGUACUACCCUCUGUGCUACAUGUUCCGCGCUCCUCCCAUGCUCAUGCCACACGAAUCUACUGUAUCCCAUGAAGACUCCCCCGACGUUCCCAACACGUUCGAAACCUUACUCCAACCGCCGGAAAGGAAACUGCGCUGGGCAAUUUCACUGAAGCUGACUCUCUAUCCAUAUCUUCCGAUGGUGGUUCUGCUGAAGAAAUCAACGGUCGUCCAGACCCCAUUUUCGACUAACAUUUGGGCUCGUCACACAGAUUUUCCGGCUUCCAUCUAG